UAGUUGCUCGGGUGUGGAUGAAUCGGGACCGGGUAUUUUAAGGACGCGCGUUCAAUCGGUUUAAGUGACAAUUCGGUUUGAUUAGAAGAAUUUUUCUUCUGACGAGGAGUAGAGUGGAGUAAUUUUUUUGCAUGUAUUAGAACUUGCGGUUGUGUAAAGGGUAGUGAAGAAGAAAAAAUCUAAUCAUUCUAACAUCAAUGAAGAGUUUACUUCCGCACCGGUGUACCGUUAGGGUAUAUUCUAUGUAAGUGUCUGUGUUUUUGUGUUUGCCUAUCCUAGGACUGUGUUGUGUGCAAAUUGUGAGCCUGGUGGCGUAGGGUCCACUCGGUUCAUGGCCUAAAUUUAGGCUAACAUGCCACGAUGCAUAGCUGAAAUAGAUGGAAUAAUUCGUGUUUGUUAGUUCGGUGAUUAUACCGUCGAGGCAUGCGUCGGCCGGCGCUUUUGUGUCCUAUUUGAAGUGAAUUUGUGUGGGUGUUUAGUGAGUUCGAGUGUUGUCGGUCCCUCCGUAGACAGGAUUACAACUAAUUUCAUUUGAUCCUAUCUGAUUUCGAACGACCUACGGUUCGGCGAGCGAUAGUGUAAUUGGUUCUGCAACCGGACGGAUAUUUUCUCACUCGAUCAGAAAAGAUUUACAGACCCUGUCUGCAGAUAUUUCAAAUUUUUACCUGGCAUCUCUGCUUCCAACUCAUUUUGACGAUGACGGAGGUUGACUGUGACGGUAGUAGACGGACCGUCUGAAUCGUGCUGUACUGUGUUUGAUUAUCUAUCUACGCUUUGCAAGUCUUUCAAGCUCAAUCCUAUCAUGAGAAGUGCACUGAUGACUUGGCUAGCAACAGCUACAGCAUCGGCUGGCAGAUAAUAGUGUCCUAAAGUCAACAUCAACCGGCACUGGAGAUGACCAUCAUGGAUGGUAGCGGUAACAGAUUAGACGUUAGACAACAACAACAACAACAACAAUCGCAGCAUCAGCAGCAGCAACAGCAACAGCAAAGUCAACAAAAACCACCGGAACCGUUUCAGCGAACUAAGUACCAGAAGCAACACCAUCACCAGCAACAGCAUCAGGGACAGACUAAUCAGUUUGGCACUACCGGGAACACUUCCGGUAAGGAUGGAAUGGUUUCCAGUUCCGGUGUCGUUGCCACUGUCACCGCCGGGACUGCCGCGGGACAAUUUCCGGCAUCGUUUCCCGACAGCUUCAAGGACUUUUUCGCCAUGCUCAACGAGGAGGACGAUCAUGUCGACUUGUUCUCCAACAUACUAGAGGAUAAGGACAUCCCUCGUGGUGCCAAGUGCCGCUACAACCGAACUUCCAAUGCAGCCGGAACGGCAGUAGAUAACGGUUCCGGACGCUCCGGGUACUCCGCAACAGUCACGCCACAUUCCGUUACUGCCCACGGUGGCAAUCGUUCCUUCGGGGCCGGCUUCGGACCACCCAACAACAACUUCGGACGGUCGAGUUCGUUCCGGAUGCACCGGAGUAAGCCAUCGUACGCGGGUGUAACCGAGCAGCAGCAACAUACACCGUCCGGAGGUUAUCAUCCUUCGAAUCAGCAGCUGCUGAUUAAAAAUAUUCGCAACCAACUGGGUGGCUCCGGGGUGAUUGCCGGAACGGGGACAUGUGGUGAGAACGAAGAUGAUAGAACAAUGAAGAAUUUGAAUUUGAUCAAAAGUGCAAUAGUGGACAAAUCGCCGUCUUCCUCGGCCCUAGGCGGUGGCCUUACGGUGACGGGAUUUCCCGGACCGGCAUCGAUUAAUCGGUCCAAAUCCAACUCGAAAAUCGACGAUCGGUCGCCUAAUUCCUAUGAAAUGAAAAGUUUCGAGUAUGCUCCUGGAGGCGGCAGUGGAGCCCCGGGAAGUGGUCGGAAUUAUAAGAUUAGCGAGAACAGCGACGAAGUCGAAGAAGAUGCCAUAAGUUCGAGCGGCAGCACUAAAAACCUCACGUCAAAGUUGACAAAAACAACCACCUCCUACUGCUUCAUGCGCCAUCAUCAACAGCAGCAGCAACAACAACAGGAACAACAGCAGCAACAAUUGCAACAACCCACGACAAAGCCUCCGCACCACGCUAGAAACAACUCCCUUCGGGUGCAUCGUUCGAAUGCAUCAUCCUCCAUCUCACCGUCGGCCUCUAUCCUGUCGGCAUUCAGUCAAGGUGUCAACAAAUCCACCAUCGGUGGGUCCUGUGUUUCCUUCUCGUCCACUCCGGGAGCCACCGGAUUCGGUACAGCGAAUUGUCUAACCGGGAAUUGUCUACCGUUGGCCAGCUGCAGUUGCUGUCCCAGCAAGGAAUUUAUGCAACAUCAAAAAUCACCCGUGUUUAGCCGACAGCGUUCGUCAUCGAUUAGUGUUGCUCGGCCCACACCCGAUCUGUACCGGUUUCUGAAGGCGGAAGUUCCAGUGCAGCAACCGCUGUCACCGGGUUCCAGAUUCGAAUCGCGGGAAAAAUUUUCCGCACUGACUGCCAGCAUCACCGGGGCCAAUCUGGCGUCGUCGACUUCGACCCUGUCGACGCUGGUGGAAAGCAUAAGUGGUGUUAGCAACAGCGCAGUAGGCGCCUCUGCAGUAAUCAACAAUACCCAAACGACGCACAAGUCAUCGGCGAUCGAUGAAUGCGUCGGAAUGAUGGCCGACGGAACUGGGGGCAGUAUCAAUAGCAACAAUAACAAUAACAACAAUAGCAAACAGCAGCUAAAUUUCAACCUUGGCACAAUUACUAAAGAUACGACGACGACGACUGCCCCGGGAAGUGGUAAUUUGUCUUCGUCACCGUCGGCCUAUCGGCUGAAAUAUGGUGGCGGCGGCGGCGGUGGUGGUGGAUACGGCAGUGGAGAAGCACCGCCAACAUUGGGCUCCGCUAGAUCGGACAGUCGCUUUCAGAAUGGAGAGAACGACGUCAAUUUCAACAAUCAGCACCACCCAGCGGCCGCAGCGCAUCGAACGGUGAGCAUCAGUACCACGGCAAUCGUGUGUGGCGGUCGGGAUGGCAGCCGAACCCCGGCACUGCCCGGUGUCCCGGGACCGGAUGAUGCCAAGCAGCAGCGAAUGCGAACGUCCAGCAUGCCGGUGGAAAACCGGAAGCCUCGGUUGGCGGAUACCCGACGUUCGGCCAUCCACUGUGCCGAUGUGGACAUGGAAUACUAUCGGCUACGAAGUUUCAGUAUCACGUCUCACGGAAUCUGCAAUCUGGGUGAUUCGAUGAGAAGUCGCCGUUCGCGAUCAAUCAAUUCGGUCACUUCGGCCAGUUCCGGCGGUAAGGAUCGAAAAGAGAGUGGUGCAUCGCAGAAACACGACACCCACAUGGAAUCGGCCGACGGAAGCGGGGACAAUUUGUCCGCUGUCAAGGAGAAAGACAAUGCGUACAAGGUGGCAAUGCUCGGUGCAUCCGGUGUCGGUAAAACAGCCCUCACCUACCAGUUUACGACUUCGGAAUACAUCUGUGCGUACGAUUUGAGCUUGGAUGACGACUACGGGCAGAAGACAGUGUCCGUGCUGUUGGACGGUCAAGAGACGGAUCUGGAAAUCAUAGACCACCCAGCGUGUGAGAUGUCGGAGGAAGCCUUCUGUUCCACGUACCAAAUCGACAUUUUCGUGGUGGUUUAUUCGGUGGUAGAUCGAGGAUCAUUCAAAAAAGCCGAGAAAAUCCUAAACUUUUUGAAAGAUUCCGAAAUGCUGCUGACUCGUGGUGUGAUUUUGGUCGGCAACAAAACUGAUCUAGAGAGGCAGCGUGAGGUGCCCUGCCAAGUAGCGCGUCGCUUGGCGAAGGAAAUCGGUGCCAAGUUCAUUGAAACGUCCAGCGGGAUGGAUUACAAUGUUGACGAACUGCUGGUAGGAAUUGUCGCUCAGGUUAAGCUGAAUCCCCAGCGUAUCAAUCGAUUAACCGAUAAGCAACGGAACAGCAUAGCAGGGUCAGUUGUUCCACAACCGAAAACUGCGAUCAGGGGUCGCAAAACGGCGAUGUCAAUGCGGGAACUAAGCGGCAAAGAUGCCGCUAGUCGGAUACGUCGAAUCGUACGUCGCAGUAGCAUCGGAAAAUUCGGUUCCGAGGAAGAUGACGACUACAAUGUGGACGACAAACGACUGCGGAAGAAAAACCACGACUAUCGGUGCGAGGACGAUGUUGAAAGUGACGACGAACGGUCGACGGACAACGAAACAAACCUGUUGAGGCGAAAGCGUUUUGAUCUUCCAAGCAUUUCGACACAGACGGUUAGCGGUGCGUUCGGCAGUGGUAGGACUUUGAAACGACUGUCUCGUGAUCAGCAGCAGCACGAUACAGACAUGCAACAGCAGCAACAACAACAACCGGAUAUUCGUCGCUCUCCACAGCCGGGAGUCAAGCGGUUUAACUAUAUCGACGAAAAGUCUGCGGGCGCCGGAGGCUCAUCCUCCGGCUCAAACAAGUUCGCUAACCGUACCAAGCUGUUGCUGAAUUCGUUUUUAAAAUUUAAACGGAACCUGCGUGUCAAGCGUCGCAGUUCCGGUAGUUGUAGUGAUUUGUUUGUAAUUUAGGAUGCGUUGGAGCAAUAUUACUAUUGUUGUUGUUAUACAUAAUUGGUGUAUUCUGUACACACGAACAUACACACACACACAAACGCACACCAGUGCACAUCUUGUCAUGAAAUGGGAUCAAAUCAAACGGUUUUACACCAAGCGGCAUAAUAAAACACAACGAAAGCAUGCGGCUACUAGUGGAGUGAUGCCAGAACGCGUAUUUACUGCUAAUGAUAGUAGGCUUUGAAUCUCUAGCGGAAGAGCAUUUUACGAGAAACAAUACCAUGGUAACCUGUAGAAUUAUGUUCGCCAAUUGUGACAAAAGUUCUUUUGAAAGGUAGUUGAAGAAUGUGUUUUUGGUAGUAUUUUAGUUGUACCAAUUGUAUAAAACCAAUAAGCUAAUAUUUAAAUGGUAAGUAAGGAGUCCAAACAACAAAACGGCGUAAACCAAAAAAUCAAACGUUAUGUCAAAACAGAUAAAUCAGGCACGUUUUAAUGUUUUUACUGACUUUUAUCGGACAACAAUAACUGCUGUCGAGUUUUUGCUAAAACCCAAUAACAACUAAAAUAUUACAAAACUAAUAUUGUUGACCAAAUAUGUGACAUGAUUGAUCAAGGAACUUGUAUCAGUAUGACGAACAAGUGAAAUAUAGGAUAAUGUCAAUAAUUAAUGUAAGCAAACAAGAGCACUACAAUCCCACCUCUUUUUUUGCGAGCAAUGUAAAAUGUCUGUUCCUAAUAUUUGAAUAAAAAUUCGAAACUAAACGGUUUAAAACAUCGCGGACAGAUUGAUACAGUCUAAAUAGAUACGACCAUAGCCAACAUGGUUUUAGUAAACUCCAAUUAACGUCAGCUUCAAUGCCAGAAAAUGAAUCUAAUAAAGCUACUUGUUUUGAUUUUUUUUAGCGAUCGAGUGACUGAAUACUAAACGAGAUAUAAUUCUCCGAUCAUCUGCUACUGUUUUGAACAAAAACUAACUAUAAGAGUGGAAUUUACCGCUUGAUCCUAAUAUAAAUUGAUAGAAUUUAUAGAAUCUGUCCGCGAGGAAAUCUGCGAAGAAAAAUACUAUCCGCGCACGAAUUGAAAUGUGUCAAAGUCUUCCACUAUGCCCUUGACGUAUGCGUGGGAUAGUCAAUCGAAAGUUUACUGUGGAAGCUAAACCAGAACCAAUGCACCAAGAGAUAGUGAGAAAGAGAGACAGAGAGAAAGAAAAAACAACAAACUGAAAUCAGAAUCCUAUCGCAUAUCGAUCUCUCAUCUACAUAUCCAAAUUUAUUUCUGUCAUAUGUACUUUAAACCGAAUGAAUUUCCAACUUUCGACUUGUCAUUGUUCUAUCCCUAUCCUUAUUGAAAAAAUUUCCUUCGGAAAGAUCCAGAAUAAUCAAAAGAAGCAGCAGCCAUGAUAUCAUUUGAAAACGGAUACCACAUAAGUGAAUAAUAAUAAAUCAAAAAUCAAAUCUAGAUCGCGCCAUGAAGAGCUAAUUGAAA